AAGGCACCAAAAGACGAUCGAAGCCAGUUAUUGAUUUGGAUCACCUGCAAAAUGAGCGUUUAGAAAAAAAAAUAAACGUUCGCUAUGGGGUCCUAUCAGUUUUAUUUAGUGCUCUUGUGCGUUAUAUGGUCCCUUACGGAUGGAUUUUUUGCUAGUGAUGUUCCAAGCUUAAUGUCAAGAAGAUAUGGUACAAAAAGGUCACGAUAUGGUUUGAAGGGAGCAAGAAAAGGUGGUACAAAAACCAAAACGAAAGGUAACUUGUAUGGAAAACAAACUGCAGGAAUGGUCUAUGAAGGAGGAUGUACUGAGCCUCCAACUGAACCUGAACAUGCAAAGCUUCGUUGCUCCUUUUAUAGUGGAUGUUCCCUUUCUUGCAAAAGGGGCUACGCUUUACCAGGUGGAGCUUACGCAUCUUACGUCAUGUGUGAAAAUGGAAAAUGGAUCUCACAAGAUACUGGAACAACUGAAAUGCCGAAAUGUCAACCUGCAUGUUCACCGCCUUGCCAGAACCAAGGAAUCUGCAUCGCUCCAGAUCAGUGCAGUUGCUCUGAUCAGUUUUCAGGACCACAAUGUCAGUUUGAGAACAAACCCUGUUUGGAACUACCACCCAUGCCUCAGAAUUCUAGAAGAUCCUGUAGAUCCACGCUAGAUUACUGCACCAUAGAAUGUGCGGAAGGUCAUCAGUUCCCAGAUGGUUCUAAAGUGGCUACCCUCACCUGUAAGAAUGGCUUGUUCGUGCCUGGAAGAAAUGACUGGGUUACUGUUCCUGACUGCCAACCGACCUGUUCUCCACCUUGUCAAAACGGCGGAAACUGUCUAUCGCUCAACGUUUGCCAAUGUCCUCAAGAAUACAGGGGUCCACAAUGCCAAUAUGGUUUGGACGCUUGCGUCAGCAGCAAACUCAACUUCAACGGCGGUCUUAGAUGUGCUGGAGAUGAGAAAGAAUUCAUCUGUUCGGGCCUGUUCUGCGCAGAAGGCAUGAAGUUGUCGCACGAGCCAGCACCUUCUUAUACCUGUAAAUACUCAGAAGGCGUGUUCAAGCCUUCGGACGUGCCUACCUGCGUGUCAACCGAUCCAAAUAUGAAUUACACCGUCACCAAAACUUCACACUACUCCCAUUACAUUGAAACUGACGCAGGUAGCAAUUCCGAUUAUGAUUUCUCCUUCGAUGAAUCCUCACAAAAUAGCAAAUCUCGAUCAAUCUUAGAUGAAUUCAAGUCUGUGGUUAUACAGAACAAGUUACCUUCACCUGGAACUUGCUAUCAUUGGGGAGGUGUUCACUAUAAAACCUAUGACGAUAGGAUUUACAGUUUUGACUCAGAUUGUUCGUAUAUACUAGUCCAGGAUUCAGUCGAUAACACUUUCAGUGUUGCUGUCAGAAAAUCAAGUUCCUGUAAUUCGAAUAACACUAACGUUGUUUGUUACAAACUCAUAAAUAUCUACAUUCAAGGAAGAGAUUAUACAUUGAGCUUGACAGACGAUGGCCAUCCUCUUCUAACUCACGGCAACACCGUUCUACCAAUCCCUGGACAAGCAGUAGGCAUUCGAACUGAAACCACAGCCAGAUACAUCAACGUCAUGUUGGAUUCUGUAGGAGUAUCAAUUAAAUGGGAUGGAAAGCAAUUCAUCCAAGUUGAUGCCAAAGAGAGCCUCUGGAACCGUACUGAAGGUUUGUGUGGCAACAUGAACGGUGAUCCUGAUGAUGACAUCGUUACCAAGAAAGGUGUAAGGACUAAGAACAUCGUGAACGCUGCUGCUAGUUGGCAAGUAGAUAGCAUUGGAUCUCAUUGUGAAUCAGCUCCAAUCGAAAAGAGGCAAUGCCCUGAUACUGGAGUCAAAGGAUCUUUAGGAAGUGAAGCUAAACAAUUCUGUGUCAAACUGCUAUCAGAUAGCAGAUUCACAUCUUGUAGCGAAGUAUUGGAUCGAUCUCUACUCAUUGAAGCUUGUAGCUGGGACUACUGUAACUGCGCUAGCCAAGAUAAAACAGAUUGCGCUUGCGACACAAUGAAUGUCUACGUAUCAGAGUGCAAACACGAAGGAUUAACUGAAGUUUCCAACUGGAGAGACGACAAAACAUGCCCGAUGAAAUGCAGUGGUGGAAGGGUUUAUAAGGCUUGUGGACCUUCAAAAAGCCAGCCAGUAUGUGGAUCUAGCAACACUGUUGCUGUAGAUCCCAAGACAUGCGAAGAAGGUUGCUUCUGUCCAGAAGGAAAGGUCUUGCACAACGGAGAAUGCAUUUCAGAAAGUCAGUGCCCUUGCAGGUUGAGGAAGAAGGAAUUCCCAGCUGGAUCUUCAGUGCCGAAGGAUUGUAACACGUGUACCUGUCAAAAUGGCCACUGGGUCUGCACUCAAGUAUCUUGUGGUGCAAGGUGUUCCGCUAUUGGUGAUCCCCAUUAUACAACCUUUGAUGGAAAGAAAUACGAUUUUAUGGGACAGUGUUCUUAUUAUUUGUUGGAAGCUGCAGGUUUUUCUGUGGAAACUGAAAAUGUUGCAUGUCCUGGAGCAAUAUCAGAGUUGAUGGGAUUCACAAAGACUGCCACUUCAGAGAUGCCUUCCUGCACCAAAACAGCAACCAUAAAGGUUAAUGGAUCUUUGUCUAUCAAAUUGGGACAGAAUCAUCAGGUGAUUGUGAAUGGUCAGGAAGUAACCAAGCUUCCUUUGGAAACAGCAGGAAUCAAGAUCAGAGUUGUUUCGUCGAUAUUCGUACAAGUUCUUAUGCCUAAUGGUGUCGAUAUUUGGUGGGAUGGAGUAAGCCGAUUGUAUAUAGACGUUCCAGCUUCUUUCAAGGAAAAAACCAAGGGUCUCUGUGGUACUUUCAACGAGAACCAGAAGGAUGAUUUCUUAACACCUGAAGGCGAUACUGAACAAUCCGCUAUUUCUUUUGCAAACAAAUGGAAAACUCAUGAAGCGUGCUCUAACAUUCCCAACAGAAUUCCAUCUCAUCCUUGCGAUGUUAACAUGCACAGAAAGACAGAGGCAGAAAAAGUGUGCUCCGUGAUCAAAUCUGAACUUUUCACAGAUUGCUACUUCUACGUUGAUCCUGAUCAAUAUUACCAAGACUGCUUGUACGACAUGUGUUCUUGCCAAGGAGAUAUGAGGAAAUGUUUAUGCACCAUCAUCUCUUCAUAUGCUCACGAAUGUGCCAACAAAGGCAUUCAGGUUAAUUGGAGAAGCAGCGUCAAGGAGUGUUCAAUUCAAUGUCCUGCAGGUCAAGAGUUCCAAGUUUGCGGUGACUCCUGCGCGAGAUCUUGCCACGACAUCUCCACCAACACUCUGUGCAAGAAACAAUGUGUGGAAGGCUGUAAUUGCCCUGCUGGACAGGCUUUAGAUGACAACGGAGAAUGUAUACCAACCUCACAAUGUAAAUGUUACUCUAAUGGUUUGGUGUUCAAUCCUGGCUACAAGGAAAUCAGGAGGAAGGAGAAGAGUCCUGACUUAUGCUCUUGUGUGAGUGGAGGAUGGAGUUGUAGAGAAGCAACCUUGGAAGAAGUUAAGGUGUAUCCAGAUACAGCAGACUUGAAGAGUAUGUGCAAUUCUAGUCAUCAUAUGGAAUUCACCAGUUGUGAGCCAGCAGAACCUAUUACUUGCAAAAAUAUGGACACAUAUACACCAAGCUCACCUGCCAUCUGCCAUGCCGGUUGUCAAUGUAAGAAAGGAUAUGUCUUGGACCCAACAACAAAACACUGUAUCAAACCUUCUGACUGCCCAUGUCAUCAUGGUGCUAAGAGUUACAAGGAAAAUGAAGUUGUCCAAAAUGACUGUAACACUUGUACUUGCAAGAGUGGAAAAUGGAGUUGUACUGAUAGACAAUGUGCAGCAGAAUGUAGUGCUUGGGGAGACUCCCACUACAAAACUUUCGAUGGAAAACAUUACGACUAUCAAGGACAGUGCGACUACGUCUUAGCCAAAGGUGCCUUCGGUGAUCUGGCAGCUUUCGACGUCUCGAUCCAGAAUAUUCCUUGUGGAACCCUAGGUACCACUUGUUCAAAAUCAGUAACCAUCAGAGUCAGCGUUUCUAACGUUACUGAAAGCCUUGUCUUGGACAACGGUAAGCCUUUGCCCAAAGCUAAGUCUUUGAACACGUUGACUGUAAGAGAGAUUGGUUUGUACGCCAUUGUUGAGGCUCCUGUAAUGGGUUUGACUGUUAGAUGGGACAAAGGUACUCGAGUAUACGUUAGGUUGAAUCCCAAAUGGAAGAAUAAGGUUAACGGAUUGUGUGGUAACUACAACGACAAUGAGCUCGAUGACUUCCAAACACCUUCAGGAGGAAUGACAGAAGUUUCGCCAUACGCUUUUGGAGAUUCUUGGAAGAUAGAUCCGUACUGUCCUGAAGCUCAAAAGAUCAUUGAUACUUGCAAAGAGAAACCUGAAAGGAGGGUAUGGGCAGUGAAGAAGUGUGGUAUCCUCAAGUCCUCACUCUUCAUGGCCUGUCACUCUGAAGUUCCGAUUGACAGUUUUUACGAAAAAUGUCUGUUUGAUGCUUGUGGUUGUGACCAGGGUGGUGACUGUGAGUGUCUUUGUACGGCCUUGGCUGCUUAUGCUCAAGAAUGUAACAACAGAGGAGUACCUAUCCAUUGGAGAUCUCAAGAAUUAUGUCCAAUUCAAUGCGAUGAACGAUGCUCAAUAUAUACACCAUGCAUGUCAACCUGCUUGGUAGAAACCUGCGAUAACAUUUACACCAGAGGCAAAAUCAGCGCCACAUGCGUUGAAGACACCUGCGUCGAGGGUUGUCAGUUCAAACCAUGUCCAGCUGGUCAAGUCUUCUUCAAUUCUUCCUACGAUCGCUGCAUACCUGCCAACGAAUGCAAACCAGUUUGCAUGGUUUUGAACGGAGUAACUUACCUUGAAGGAGAUGUUAUAGAAGAAGACGCCUGUCACACCUGCUACUGCUCAAGAGGACAGAAGAACUGCAAGGGAAUGCCAUGCACGGAAAUGCCCACCACGACUCCUACAUGUGUAACAGCUGCUGAAGACCAGGAACAAAAAUGUAUUUCUGGAUGGACGCAAUGGAUAAACCAAAAUCCCAUUGUUGCCAAAAAAGGAAUUACCAAAAGACCAUUGGAGAAAGAACCACUACCGACAUCUUUGAUUCUGAACAAUUUGACUGGGGGAGCUAAAUGCUCUAUUAGUAAGAUGACAGAUAUAAGGUGUAGAACUGUCGACAAAAAAAUACCAGCAAAAGAAACCGGCCUAGAUGCAGAAUGCAGUUUGGAAAGAGGCUUGGUUUGCAAGUCCUCCAAGAAAGGCCAAGGUUGUCCUGAUUUCGAGAUACAAGUUUAUUGCCAAUGUGGUGGUACUACUGAAACAGAAACAACCACCGUGACAACUACAGAAACAACUAUAACAGUGAGACCUAGAAAGAUAACAGAGAAAGAAACUCCGUCUACACCUCCAACUACAACUCAAAAUCCUUGUGAUUCCCUUGAAGCCAAGAAGAUUGACGAAGAAGACUGCCAUAAAUACCUUGUAUGCUCGGAUGGUCUCUUUGGAGUUGAAUACGUAUCACAAACUUGUGGAAGUUCGAUGAUGUUCAAUCCUAAGACCAAGAAUUGCGAUCUUGUUUCUGUUGUGACAUCCAUCAGACCUGAGUGCGCUCCAACUACUGCUGUACCAACAACAAAGGAGUCAACUAUGAUAGUCACAGGCAGCAGAACACCGGAAAUCAGAACAGAAGUUGAGAUCUUGACAGGAAAACCCGAAGGUACCACUUCAACGUCGAUUUACAACAUAGUGAUCACAGGAAAACCAGGAUGCGAUCCUAAUACUCCGAAUACGCCUCAUGAAAGUGAUUGCCACAAGUUCUACGUAUGUAAGAAUGGUCCAAACGGACCAGAAUAUGUGGAGCAGACUUGUGGAGACUCCAUGAUGUACAAUCCCAAAACCUUAACAUGCGAUCAUAUCGAUGCAGUUACGUCUAUCAGACCUGAAUGUGCUGUAUCGACUUCUACAGUGGCUACAACUACUACACAGACAGAGCAGACGAAGAUCGAAACAAAGAGCACAAGCAGGUACACGAUCACAUCAAGACGAACAACCUCUCGACCAACAACUGAAGAAGAAGAAGAGGAAGAAGUAACCGAGAAUGAUUACUUCAUCAUCACAUCAAAACCAGAAUGUAGCCCUGAAACACCAAAUCAACCAGAUGAAACUGACUGCCAUAGUUUCUAUGUAUGCCACAAUGGACCUAACGGGCUAGAGUACAUCGAGCAAACUUGUGGAAAAUCCAUGAUGUUCAAUACGGUCAGCAAAAAAUGCGACGAUCCCAAGGUUGUGAUAUCUAUAAGGUCUGAAUGCGGUAAACCAACCCAUGAAGAAGAUGAGAUUGAAAUAAUAACACCUGUUAGUAGAAAAACUUCAACAGCUUCAACUCCAUCUACCAGAGCGUCAACUGAAACGCCAACAACUAAGAAAUCUGAAGAGCUUAGAAGAGAGACGGAACCACCUACCUUGGCACCUAUGAUAGUUACUGGACAUCCUCAGUGCGAUGCCAAAACGCUUAACAGGCCACAUGAAAGUGAUUGCAAGAAAUACUUCGUCUGCCAUAAUGGACCUAAUGGUGCUGAAUACGUGGAACAAACUUGCGAAGGUCCCAUGUUGUAUAAUCCACAUACCUUCAGCUGUGAUAAGAAAGAAGUUGUGCUACCAAUUAGACCAGAAUGUGAUAAGCGAUGCCCACCUGGUUUGAGAUACAGGGAUUGCGCCAUCAGUUGUAUGGAUUUGUGUGUGUUAUACAAGGAUACCCUGCAGAGAACAGGAAUGUGUACUGGAGGUGUAACCUGUGAAGCAGGCUGUGUAACUCAAGAAGUAUACGAUAUGUUGGAAAAUAGACAGUGUGUCGGCCAGAAGAAAUGGGCAAAUAAUGGCACUUGCGUCAACAUCCAAGAUUGUAUGUGUGUAUCACAUGAUGGAAAACCGGUCAAACCUGGAGCAGUUUACCAAGAGGAUGGUUGUAAGGUCUGCCAGUGUAUCCAAAAUUACUAUUCAUGUGAUGAAUCACAAUGUCACACUGCAACAGAAUCUGUAGGUACACAAACUACAGCAGGUCAAACUGUCACAAUGGCUAGAACACCAAGUACUGCAGGUCAAACUAUAACAAUGGCAAGAACACCAAGUACUGAAGGUCAAACUGUAACAAUGGCAAAAACACCAAGUACUGCAGGUCAAACUGUAACAAUGGAAAGGACACCAAGCACUGCAGGUCAAACUGUAACAAUGGAAAGGACACCAAGUACUCUAGGUCAAACUGUAACAAUGGCAAGAACACCAGGUACUAUUAUUCAAACAGUAACAAUGGCUGGUACACCAAGUACUAUGAGACAAACUGUAACCACAGCUGCAACACCAAAAACUACACAUCCAUACAUUGUUGCCAUAAAUACAGUAACUCCUGCACCACCCUGUGAUCAGAGCUUCAUUUCGUUGCUCACUCAAAACCUUCCUGAUGAAUCGUUCCGUGCUAGCAGCAGUCUCAACAACAACACCCAAGCUAAAGAAGCAAGAUUCAACAACAAAGUUAGCAGUUGGACACCUGCUCCCUCUGAUAAACAACCCUUCCUGGUUAUUGACCUUCUGAAGGAACAACCUAUAUACGGAGUCCAAAUCAGGGGUAAUCCCAAGAAGGACGAGUAUGUCACCAGUUACGAGUUGUACCACAGCGCAGAUGGUAACGUGUACUCUCCAGCAAUCAGGAGUAAACUCAAACCUGUUAAGUUCAGGGGAUCCAUUGAUUCGAAUACGCCAGCUUUCCAGAAGUUCAUUCAGCCCUUCGAGGCUAGAUAUUUGAAAAUUGUUCCUGCCACCUGGCACAACAAUAUAUCAUUGAGGGUUGAUUAUGUCGGUUGCGGUGAAGAAUCUAGUACUACUGUUGGUAGUACCUCCACAACUGUUACUAGCUCAACAACUCCAGAGAUUACCACCACCAUGGCUCCGCCAAUAUGUACAGAUGAGCUCGGUUCUGACGUACACCCUCUAUCAGAAGAUCAAGUGACCGUCAGCUCUCAAAAAGAUGCUACUCGAACUGGUAUCACCAAAAGCCCAUUGAAAUCCAAUGUGUGGCAACCUUUGGUCGACUCUCCUUCCGAAUGGAUUGAAUUCAACUUCUUGGAACCACGCAACCUCACUGGUUUCUACACCAAAGGUGGUAACGAUGGUUGGGUUGAAGCAGUAAAGGUUAAAUAUUCUCACGAUGGUAAGAAAUGGAAUCCAAUUGUCAACAAGAAUGGAAGGGAAGUUGUGUUCCCUGCAAACUACGAUGAAGACUCUAAGAUAACCAACUACUUCACUAGACCAAUUCAAGCGCAGUACAUCAGACUUUAUCCUGUCAAAUGGCACAAUACCAUACAGAUGAUUACACAGAUCAUAGGAUGUUACAAGCCAUAUCCAACAACAACCACAGUGACAACCACGGCUGGUACAAGUAAACCAACUGAACAGACCACGACAUCUACCCAAAGAAUAACUCAAACUCCGACGACAGCAGCUACUUCAACGAUGAGAACCGAAGGAUAUUCUUUCACACAGAAAUUCACGGCUUCACCAUGCAACUACUGUCCUGGAGUACCUUCUUCCAACAUAGAAUUGGGUGCUUGCGAAUGUACAGCUGAUAAGUGGUGGAAUGGAACAGGAUGCGCUCCUAGAGCUUUGUGUCCUUGUGUCUUGGGAUCAUUGAUUUAUCCUGUUGGUAAACUCUUCAACAAAGAAGACUGCAGCGAAUGUGUAUGUAAAAUUGGAGGAAUCAUAAGCUGUGAUGAGAAGAUAUGUGGUAGAUGUCCAGAGGGUCUCAGGAAAAUAGUUACAUCAGAUUGUGACUGUGGCUGUGAACCAUGCCCACCACGUGAAAGACUUUGCCCAACAUCAAACAUUUGCAUCGAUGAAUCGCUAUGGUGUGAUGGUAUUGAAAACUGCCCAGAUGAUGAAGUUAACUGCCCAACGCCAACGCCUUCAGUUUAUGUAUACACUCUUCAACCAAAAGUGGUCAAACCAACUAUGAACGAAACUGUUUGUCCUGUUGUCAAUUGUCCACCACACUUCAGGAAGAUAGUGGCUAGACCUAGGUACAACGGAUACGCUUCUUCGAGAUACAGCAGCAUUAAAGGAAGAAGGAGGGGAUACAAAGGAGUGAAAGGUGGUAGAGUUAAGGGAGGUGUUAAAGGAGGAGUUAAAGGAGGCGUCAAGGGUAGAUUGAGAGCUUUGUCGAGUCCAAAGUCCAUCGUUCCAGAAUGUAUUCCCUACAGAUGUAUUCACGAUAAAAAACCACCACCAUACAAAAACACCACAACUGAGUGUAAGCAAGAAGACUGUCCUGCUGGUUAUGAGAAAGCUGACGAGGUCAUGGUAGAUGUUGAUCAACAGAAACAAUGCCCUGUGUUGGUUUGCAUGCCCGUGCCUGUUCCAGAUGCCGUCUGUAAUGUUACUGGAAGAACUUUCAACACUUUCGAUGGCACCGAGUACAAAUACGACAUAUGUGAUCACGUGAUUGCCCGCGAUAUGGUUAAGAACGAAUGGGCUGUGAUAUUGACCAAAGAAUGCGAAGAAACCUGCAGCAGAGACCUACACAUAUAUGUAGGAUCAGACCACUUCACUCUUCACCCUGAUCUCACAGUCAAAUACAACGACUACACUUACACCAUCAAUCAGCUUAUGAAGAUAUCCAGGCAGUCUAAAGAGUUCACCAUCACGAAGGUCGGCAACGUUAUUGCCCUAACUUUCCUUCCCCAUGGCUUCUGGGUGGAAUGGAAUUCAGACGGUAACGUCAAAGUAGGCGUGGUACAUUCGCUGAUACAGAAAGUCGACGGUCUCUGUGGAUACUUCGACCAGAAUCUCAUCAACGACAAGCGCAAACCCGAUGGAAAGGUGGCGCCAUCUACUAGAGACUUCGGAGAUAGCUGGAGCGUAAGCAAUGAGACUAAAGCUGCUUGCAAGGUCAACGCUUGUCCAGCCAAGAUUCAGAACGAGGCUUGGCAGUUGUGUAACUCUGUGAGGGAUGACUAUCUUCAAGCUUGCUCUAAUGUGAUCAACGUUGAUGCUUCGGUAUCAAGAUGCUUGGACACUGCUUGCGAGUGUCUCUUGUCUUCCACCAAAGAGAAGGUUACCAACACAGAUAAAUGCAAAUGUGAUAUAUUGCAAUCUUUCGUGGUAGAAUGCUUGACAGCUAAUUCGAGUGUUGAAGUUUCUGGAUGGAGAGGACAAUACGACUGCCCUAGCAAAUGUGAAGCUCCGCUGAUCUACAAAGACUGCUUCCAAAGGGAGUGUGAACCAACUUGUGAAUCUCUGGGUGAUCCAUCUCAGUGUCCUAAGAUUGACCACGCUUGCUAUCCUGGUUGCUACUGCCCCGAAGAGUUGGUACGUAAAGGAGAUAAAUGCAUCAAACCUACAGAGUGUAGGGAUUGCGAGUGUAAGGCAACUGGUCAACUGGACUUCCUUACUUACGAUGAGACCAACUUCACCAUCUCAGGCAACUGCGUAUACGUUUUGACAAGAGAUCAACUGAGCGAUAAACACAACAAGCACAACUUCGAGGUUCUCUUGACUAAUGGACCUUGCGCAACCAAAUCUAACAGGACUUGUAUAAAGAAAGUGACCAUUUUGUAUAAAACACACCAGAUUAUGGUACUUAACGAUGAAGAUAAGAAAACUUUCAAGGUUUACAUUGACUCAGGAGAGCUCAGCACAAACCAAGAGGAACAAAACUUGGGUUGGGUGAACAUCAAGAAAGGAUCAGAUUUAUUGAACAUUGUCGUUCCUGCUGAUCAGUUAGAGGUGACCAUAAAAUAUCCGCACUUGGGUGUUAUCGUCAGAGUACCAUCAUACAAAUACGGUAGCAAACUUGAAGGACUUUGCGGUGAUUGCAACAAGAACCCUGACGACGAUCUACGAGUACCAAACGGAACAGUUACUACAGAUGUUGAAGACUUUGGUUUGAGUUGGUUAUACGAUGGUCUUCCAGAGAAACAAACUAGGGAACAGUGCAAGGUCAAACCUGAAGAACAAUGCAAACCUCUACCGGACAGCAAAAACCCAUGUAUACACCUGUUGGAUACAACUGUCUUUGGAGCUUGUCAUCCAGUUGUCGAUGCCAGCAUUUACAAGCAGUGGUGCGACAAGGAAACUUGCAACCUAGAAGGAAAGUACGAUGAUGCCACUGUUUGCGGAAUAAUCGACUCUUACGCCAAGGCUUGCGCUAAGGAAGGUAUAUGUAUGGAUUGGCACUUUGACCUAUGUCCACGAAAAGAAUGCACUGGCGAUAAGGUGUACUCAGCCUGUGGUACAACAUGCACGAAGACUUGCGAGAAUAUGAACGUCAAAGAAACGAGCUGUGUAUCUGAAAUUGUCGAAGGCUGCUUCUGUCCUGAAGGAAAGGUACUCAAAGGAGACAUUUGUGUCGAAGAAAGAGAGUGUAUAUAUUGUGAUGAUCAAGGUCAUCAUCCUGGUGAUAAGUGGAAGAAGGACAUCUGCACAAACUGUACUUGCGAGGGAACUAGCCUUCUUUGCCAGAAGACUGAGUGUCCAGCCAUUGAUACCAUCUGUGAACAAGGCUUUACACCUGUGAAAGUCAUGACCAAGACCAGAGAAUGCUGUGAUAAGUAUACAUGCGUGCCAAUAUCCACAACCACUCAGCUACCAACUUGCCCAACACCUCAACCUGUUAUUUGUGGUGAAGACAAGAUAGCAAAACUUCAUAAGAAGGAUGAUGGUUGCUACCAGAACAUCUGCGAGUGUAUACCAAAGAACGAAUGUAAAUCCGUGGAUAUCACAACACCUUCACCUCUAGAAGACGGUUUGGUCAAGGUAAUAGACGAGAGCGACUGUUGUCCCAAGAUCCAAAUGAUAUGCAAACCAGAGACAUGCAAAGAACCACCAAAAUGCCAAGAAUUCUACGAACUCAAGACGGAGAAAGAUACCAACAAGUGUUGUUCUACAUACACGUGUGUUGCACCUGCUAAUAAAUGUAUUGUUGAAACCAAAUACAUUGCUGCUAAAGAAGGUGGAGAACGUCCAAGGACAGUUGAAGAAGUACAGAAGUUGUUGAAGAAUACCAAUGAAACUUGGAAUGAUGGACCUUGUCACACUUGUCAAUGCCAAGUAACACCUAAAGGAGAUGUCCAAGCAGUUUGCACAGAAAAACAAUGCCCAGUUUUAGAAAAAUCCGCCGAUUUCGCUGAAUACGUUUUAGAGGCUCAACCAGUAUACAACCAAUGUUGUGCCAAAUUGGUGAGAACUGCUUGUAAGGUGAACGGUAAGCCCCACAACGUAGACGAGGAAUGGUUCGAAGGUGAAGACUACUGUAGUCGACACAAAUGUACUAAGAACUCCGAAGGUGUCGUCAUCAAGGAAGUCCAAGUGACAUCAUGCGUUACGGAUUGCAAAUUGGGCUAUGAGUAUGUACCAGCUAAACCUGAAAGUAAGCAAUGCUGUGGCAGCUGCAAAGCUGUAGCUUGCGUUGUUAACGGAACGGUUAGAAGAGAUGGAGAAGAAUGGAAGUCUUCAGAUUACUGCACCAGCUAUAAGUGUUCCAUUGUGGAUGGCAAUAUGAAAGUAGAAGGAAAAGAGAAGACCUGCCCCAAGAUACCCCAAGAAAUACUCGACAACUAUGUUGUUAACAUCACCAAAUUAGACCAGGAAUGCUGUGAAAAAACUGAAAUCGUUUCCUGCAAAUCUCAAGGUCAAAUCUAUCAAGUCGACGAAACAUGGGUGGCCAAAGACAACCCUUGCAAGAACAUCAAGUGCUCUAGGCUGGAUAACACAAGAUUGGCUAUAGUGGAGUACAUGACAACCUGUAACACAACCUGCCCUCUAGGUUUCACCUACAAACCUGAAGAUGCUAACAGCGACAAGUGCUGUGGCAGCUGCGUGCAGACCUCUUGUAUCAUCAACGGACAGGUCAAAGAAGUUGGAGAAAAUUGGAGUUCUGAAGACUUUUGUACCAAGUUCAGUUGCAAGGAUCUCAGCGGAUCGAUUCAAGUAGAAAAAGACGUUAUCAAAUGCAACGACCUAUCGAGAGAAAUUGUGGAGAACUACGUAAUCAAAACAGAAAAAGUACAAGGAGAGUGUUGCAACAAGACAGAAGUAGUGGCAUGCAAAGGAACUGAUGGUACUGUCCACAAACCAGGAGAAUCAUGGACUAUUGGCACUGAUUACUGCAAGAUCUUCAAGUGUAUUAACUCAGACCAAAAAUUGGUGAUAGGCGUAACUGAGACUGAAUGCAACACAACUUGUCCCAACGGUUACAAGUAUGUGGAAGCUUCUCUGUCCGAAAAAACAUGUUGUGGCAAAUGCGAACAAUCUGCUUGUAUUAUCAAUGGUACUGUUAAGAAUAUCGGCGAGAAUUGGUCUUCUCUUGAUCACUGCCACCAAUAUAAAUGUGAGAACUCUAAUGGAGUGAUUCAGGUAUCUGGAACAGACAUACUCUGUGUCCCACCAAAUGAAGACACCCUCAAACGAUUCGUGGUAGAGUCUGUACCAGUUCCAGGUGAAUGCUGCAACAAAACUAUCAUGGUAGCCUGCAAGGGUGAAAAUCAGAAAUACGGAGUUGGCGAUACUUGGAUCGAAAACAACGACUACUGUGUCAAAUAUGAGUGUGCCAAGGAAACUGAAGGAUUAAGCAUCAAACGAUAUGUCAGUACUUGCAACACUACUUGUCCUCUAGGAUUCGAAUACGAACCGCCAACAGCGGCCGAAGCUACAUGUUGUGGUAACUGCAAGCAGUCUCAGUGUGUGGUCAACGGAGUUCUUCGUGAAAUUGGACAACAAUGGGAGUCUGAAGAUCAUUGCGAGAAGUACAAGUGUAGCAACGUCAGUGGAGUGAUUCAAGUGCUUUCAGAGAAAGUGAUUUGUGAACGUCCUUCUGAAAACAGUCAAAGAGAUUACGUCAUUGAAGAGACACCAGUACCAGGACAGUGUUGCUCAAAAUACAAAGAGGUAGCAUGUAAGGUUGGCACCAAGACCUAUCAGAUCGGUCAAAUAUGGCCCACGGAAGACCCUUGCAAGAAUGUUACUUGCACCAGGAAUGAUCGUGGUGAUAUAGUGAAACAGGAUCUCAUUCAAUCUUGCCAUACAGACUGCGAAGAGGGUUACGAAUACAAACCUUCCAAAGACUCUUGUUGCGGUACCUGCGUACCAGUGGCUUGCGUCAUCAAUGGAGAGUUGAAGAAACCUGGAGAUAUUUGGUCUACACCUGACGGUUGUACAAACUUCACUUGCACAAAGAGCGAAGAUCGCCUCAUAGUGACAGCACACACUGAAACUUGCCCAAGCUUAGCAGAUUGUCCUGCUGAUCGUGUUUAUAAAGAUGGCUGCUGUGAGAAAUGUAACCUCACAAGCUCUGACCAACGUCUCUGUGCUUUGGAAAGUAUUUCUCUGGACAAAACAAUUUCCUUGAUAAGGACUGAAAAUGUUUUACAUGGUGUAUGUGUCAAUAAGAAACCCAUCCCCAAUCUUACAGAGUGUGUUGGUACCUGCGAGUCUUCUACUCAAUUUGAUUCGAGAUUGGGACAACAUAUGUCUGUCUGUACCUGUUGCCAAGCCUUGGAAUACACGAAGAUUGUUGUUCCUUUGGAUUGUGACGAUGGUUACAAGUAUGACAAACACAUUGAAGUACCUUCUGUUUGUAACUGUAACGGCUGCCAAGGGGGCUUAUCUAGAAUGAUGCAGGGGCCUUCAAAAUAUAGCCGUAAAGGAGGUACGAAGAAUGUUAAGGGCAGGACGAAGAGCAAAAUGUCAAUCCUCGACCCGUGAACUGACUGAAUGUUGAAUGUUUUGUAUAUUGGUUAAAUUAAUUCGAAAUCGUUAAUUAUUUAUUUUUAUUUGUUCAAUAAAUAUGUUGAUUAGCAAUUUAAA